AUGAUGCCGACAACGAAAAUGAAAGGGAAAAAGGAAGAUUCAACAGAUCGGGAUGGAGGACCUGUAUGUAGAACACUCAGCACUGUAAAAGAGAAACAAAGAGAAAGAAAAGGGAAGAGACAUAGAAAGAGAAAGAGGAAAAACGACAGUCAAGCAAGAAUUGAAGAACUUCGACAACGAUAUCUCUCUCUCACACCUCCUCGUAGAGAUUGCUCCGAAGAAGAUGGUGAUGAUAUGGAAGUAGCCAGAUUCCAAGAGCAGCUGCAGCACAAGAACAAAUUCUCAUUGAAUUCUAUGUCACAAGAUUAUAUUUUUAAUUUCUCGCAUGGGUUUGAUAGACCAUCUCAAGAUCAACAACAACAACAAAAUCAGAAUCACAUCAACCAUCAGAUCCGAAGAGAUAAGUUGCGUAUACAAGGUUUUGAGCCACCACCGGGUUCAUUGGUGGGAUUAGAAGAUGAGGGAGCCGGUGGAGCCGGUGGGCUUCCGGCUGUCUACGAGUCCGGUGCUGGGAUGUUGUCGGAGAUGUUCAAUUUCCCAUCAGGAGGCCCAGCCACCGAAUUACUUGAGAAUCAAAUAAACUACCACCAACAUCAACGAAAUCAGCGGCCUUCUGCCACCACCGGAGAUUGGUAUGGUCAUAGCGCUCAAGCCAUGCAGCUUUUCUUGAUGAACCCAUCACAUGAUUCUCCUUCCUCGCAAUCUUCUUCUCACCAUCACCAUCACCAUAAUCCUUCUACUUCUUCUUCAACACUUCACAUGCUUUUACCAAAUACUGUCCCAUCUUCCACUUCCACCCUUCAUCAUCAACAAAGCUUCGGUAGUUCCUCCGCUUCUGGGCAUGGCCAAUUUGGUCAAUCCACGCAAUUCGCAUGGGUACCACCGGGUAGUACAACCCACGAAGGUGGUGGUGGUGGUGUCGAUAGCCAUGGACUUUCUUUAUCUUUAUCUUCUACUCUACAACACUUGGAAGCAGCUAAAGUUGAGGAAUUAAGAAUUAGCGACGAUCCAGCUGCAGCUAUGUUUUACUUCAAUCAAGCAGGUGGUGGUGGUGGAAGUGAUCCAUAUCGGAAUUUGCAAUUGCAGGGAGGAGGAGGAGGAGGGGUUAUGGGUCAAACCCACCAUCCAAUUCAUGUCGGGUAUGGAUCUUCUUCAUUUGGUGUAGUGAAAGCGUUAAGGACUUCAAGAUAUGUGAAGGCAGCUCAAGAAUUACUUGAAGAAUUUUGUAGCGUUGGAAGAGGUCAGUUCAAAAUAAACAAGUCUUCGAAACAUAACACUACAAACAACUCAAAUCAGAAUCCAAGUAACAACGCCGCCGGUGGUGGUGGUGGUGGUGGUUCAUCUUCUGCUUCAUCAAAAGAUCUCCAUCCUUUGUCAUCUGCUGAGCGAAUUGAACAUCAAAGACGAAAAAGUAAACUCUUAUCCAUGCUUGACGAAGUGGAUCGGAGAUACAACCACUACUGUGAACAAAUGCAAAUGGUGGUGAAUUCGUUCGACAUGGUAAUGGGUUUUGGGGCUGCAGUCCCAUACACAGCACUAGCACAAAAGGCAAUGUCACGCCAUUUUCGAUGUCUAAAAGAUGCAAUUUCAGCUCAAUUGAAGAAUAGUUGUGAAUUAUUAGGCGAAAAAGAUGUGGGUUCUUCUGGGGUGACAAAAGGUGAGACUCCAAGGCUUAAAAUGUUGGAACAAAGCUUAAGACAACAAAGAGCAUUCCAUCAAAUGGGAAUGAUGGAGCCCGAAGCAUGGAGACCUCAAAGAGGUUUACCUGAACGCUCUGUAAACAUUUUAAGAGCUUGGCUUUUUGAGCACUUUUUACACCCGUAUCCAAGCGAUGCCGAUAAACACUUGUUAGCUCGACAGACUGGCCUCUCCAGAAAUCAGGUAUCAAAUUGGUUCAUAAAUGCAAGGGUCCGGUUGUGGAAACCCAUGGUGGAAGAGAUGUAUCAGCAAGAGAGUAAAGAAGAAGCUGAAAACCCUAGUCAAAGUCCUCAACAUCAAGAUGAAGAUCAAGUUGAAGAUGAUGAAGAAGAUGAAGAACAACAACAAGAAGAUGAUGAAGAAAACACUAAAUACCAUAAUCAUCGUAAAUAUCAAAAUCAAACCAGUAAUUCCCACCCUUCGCCACUUUCUGCUUCUGCCACCACACAAACUACAAUGCCUCCUCCGCCACCUCAGACAGCUGCUCCGACAACAUACACCACCACCACAACCACAACAACAGCAAAAAGAUCCGAAAUAAAUGACUCUGAAAACGACCCUUCACUCCUCGCAAUCAAUACACAACAUCGUUUCUCGGAAAACCAAGCUGCAUCUGCUGCUAUGUCCUACUCGUACCCACCUAUAUCAAACCCAACCGGCGGCAUUACCACCAUGGCACCACCACCUGUAUCCCAUCCCUUUGAUGCUGACACAUGCCGACGCGGCAGCAUGCUUGGCGCUGACUACAGGACCACUACAGGAGACGAUGCUGCUGACAUUGGGUCAACAUUGAUAAGAUUUGGGACCACUUCUGGUGACGUGUCACUCACAUUAGGGCUACGUCACGCCGGAAACCUGCCGGAGAAAACGUCUUUUUUCAGUUAGAGAUAUUGGGAUUUAAAUUAUUAAGCUUCGAUGAUUUCAUAAAGUACCCGAUG